UGACAGUUUUUAUCAGAAAUAGAAGAAGAACUUUCUAAUUUCUAGGUGUUUCUAGGUUAUAGUUUUCAGAAUCCAGAGAGGCCGACUAGAUAGAUAAAUAAAAAUAAGAAUAAAAGAUUUUCAUUUGUGGAAAAUUAAUAAGUGAAAAUCGCCAAAAUGGACAACUUAGAAACCAAUAUUAUGGAUAAGUCGAUGAGAUCAGUCUUCGUGGGGAAUAUUCCAUAUGAAGCAACUGAGGAAAAAUUGAAAGAUAUAUUUGGCGAAGUUGGACAAGUACUAUCUUUUAAGCUCGUGUUUGAUCGUGAAACUGGAAAACCCAAGGGAUAUGGUUUCUGUGAAUAUAGAGAUCAAGAAACCGCCUUGAGCGCAAUGAGGAAUUUAAACGGUUACGAAAUAGGCGGAAGAAAUUUAAGAGUGGACAAUGCUUGUACUGAAAAAUCUAGAAUGGAAAUGCAAAAUCUCCUCAACCAACCUCCAGUAGAGAAUCCCUAUGGAGAGGCAGUUCAAGCUGAAAAAGCUCCUGAGGCUAUAAGUAAGGCUGUUGCAUCUCUACCUCCUGAACAAAUGUUUGAAUUGAUGAAGCAAAUGAAGACAACUAUUCAGAAUAAUCCAACAGAAGCAAGGCAGAUGCUUUUACAGAAUCCGCAGCUUGCCUAUGCUCUUUUACAAGCUCAAGUUGUAAUGAAAAUUAUUGACGCAGCUACUGCAGUUAGUUUACUUCAUCCCGUGAACCAAGUGCCAGCGACACUUAUGCCUGGAGACAAGAAUGUUCCUGUCCAAGUACCAGUUAAUAAUCAGUACAGGGAGCCUCCAGCACCUGUUCAACCGCCUGUCCAUCCAAGACAAGACUUCCAACCUGUUCCUCCUCCUGUUAUGCAUCCAUCUCAAAAUCAAGUAUUUCCAAGUCAAGAUAUAGAUCUGAGAUCCAUUGGUGGUGUGCCAGAUCUAAGAAACCUAAGACCCAUGGGUGACCAGGAUAUGAGACAAAUGCCAUCUGCUAUUCAAAAUCCCUUACCACCAACUAUCGGAGAAAGUAUUCUUAAACAAGGAGAUAUGAAGGGUGAUAGCUUUAUUCGAGAUCCUAGAGCAGCGCAGGCGUUUGCAGGAGAUCCAAGACAAGCACGCAUGGAUCCACGUCAGAAACCCAUGGUGCCUCCUCCUCAAAGCCAAAUGCCCAUACCACCUCCAAUCGCAAGACCACCUGUAAUGCCGCCUCAGCCUCAAGUUCCUGUGACGAGAGCAGCACCUCCACCUCAACCGUCUCCAGCUCCUACUCCUGCAACGGCCAGUCCAAAUGUUGCAAAUGCUGGGGCUUCGGAUCAAGAAAAGGCCGCACUCAUUAUGCAAGUAUUGCAGCUGUCAGAUGAACAGAUCUCUAUGCUUCCGCCUGAACAGAGGAAUAGUAUUUUGGUAUUAAAGGAACAAAUUGCAAAAAGUGCACACACACGUUAAAUUUUUUUGGUUCUUUUUAUUUUUCAAGUUUUUAUAACUAUUAUGUACGAUGCAGACGAUACAUCUAAAGAUCUUAAUUCAUGCCAGUAUAUAUUUUUAUCUCUCACAUUCACAUAUUUAAAUCAUAAAUAAUAGCCAUGUCAUUGUACUUUUUUCAUUUCUGGUUGAAAAAUUGUUGAUUGUUUUUUCAAUUGCUAUUUUAAACCAAAUAUUUCUUUCUCUUGUGCAUGCCUUACGAUACUAUAGUAAUCACAGUCUUAGUGGUUUCAGGAAUUUUAAAAUAAUAUCAUUAUUCCAAAGUUAUAUUACUUCCUUUAAAACAUAUUUCCUUUCAAUUUUUUCUCGGUUAUGAUUAAUAUUCCCAUUGGUAUAGUCUGAUCAUUCAUUUUUCUGUGUGUUCUUAUGUUAUAAAUACAAUUUUUAAGUUAAUAAUCAAUUAAGUUAAUUUUAGCAUUUUUAUAAAGGUUACUUAAGCAAACUAUUAAAGGAUUAAUAAAGAAUAAAUAUCAA